UUUCAAGGGUAAUUAGCGUGAGCCCUGAUAAGAAUAGAACGUCCCGCUUGCACUGCUUGGCGACUCGCAUAGCGGCUAACAGCUUGCAACGUAGCAUUGCACGAUCCUCCAAGCCGCCCGAGCCUGGAUCCUGGAAAGAAAACAAUAUCGCACGAUAGGGGUUUUCUAAGCACCUCGAAAAAACGUUGUAGCGCGGGAUUUUCUAGCGUAAACGAGGCAUAAGACGGCUUUCGCUCCAUUCGCGUCAACCCUCACAAUCUGCUCCGCGCCUCGCCUCCCAAUCACCCCUUGAAGGAAAACUUUCCCUGCUUCUGCAGCUGCAAAGCACUUGCGGCAUUUGAGACUCUGGCUUUAAGCCUAGCGGCAUGAUGGCAUCCAGGCCCUGAUCCCGCUGACUGACCCAUCGCCUCCAAGGCGAUAAACCGGACCAGCCGUCGUUGAUGACCGUCCCAUUACCUCUUUGACCGGCUACCGGCUAUAGGCUAUCGGCUACUGGCAACCGGCUAUCGGCUACCGGCUAGCGGCAUGGCAUCCUCCGAUCCUCCCGUCCGCCCUAGCCCGGAUCCCGCUGACUCAGCGCUCUUGGAACGACUCCUGGCCGCGUUGUCUAUCGCUGAACGUGCCACGACCGGGUUCGUCGGUGUCGGCUCCCCCUUGGAAUCACAUUCCGAGAAUCCACGCCCUCCGUUAGAGUCAUACCCCCGUUUAGAGUCAUCGUCAGGCGACGACGACGUGUGCCCCAUCUGCCUCACCUCCUUCGCUGACCCGCCAUCCCCCUCCGCCGCAUCCCAUUCCGCCACAUCCUCCUCGACCGCAUCCCCUUCCCCCGCACCCCCUUCCGCAUCCCCUUCCACCGAAUCCCCUUCCGCCGAUGCACCAGUCGUCGCCCUGUCGCCGUGCCUGCACCGCUUCUGCCUGCCGUGCAUCCGCCAAUGGAGCACCACCAGCCGCUCCUGCCCCCUCUGCAAACGCACUUUCUCAGGCUGGUGGUUGCCCCCUGCUAGUACAACUACUACUAUUACAGCCCGUGGCACCGGGCCAUGUGACAAUAACGGGAGUCCUCCUAGCGAGGCGACGCAGGACGCUGCAGCAUCCCCUGUCCAGCCGCGGGGCGUGCUGCACUCGCUGCUGCCGCUUAGGCCGGCACCGGCUGGUUAUGGGAGCGGUGUGCCGUGGUGGGGUGGGAUUGAGGAGGGAAGGACGGGAGGAGGGGGAGGAGGGGAGGGGACAGUCACUCCCUCUACAGUCACCCCCGCUAGCGUCACGUGGAGUGAUGAGGAAUGGAAUGAUUGGCAGGAGUAUGUGACUCUAGAGAGGCCGGAAUUGAUGCUGCUCCUUGACUGGCUUCAUGGGGAUGGCAGGCGGCAGGGAGUGAGGAGGGAAGGACGAGAGGAGUGGCAGGAGUAUGUUGGUCCGGAGGGGCCGGAAUUGCUGCUGCUUCUAGAUUGGCUCGACAGGGAUGCCAGGCGGCAGGGGCGGCAGGGGCGGCAGGGGCGGCGGCAGAGGCGACGGCAGCGGCAGCGGCAGCAACAGCAGCAGCAGCAGGGGCAGCAGGGGCAGCAGCAGCAACAACAGCAGCAGCAACAGCAGCAGCAGCAGCAGCAGCAGCAGCAGCAGCAGCAGCAGCAGCAGCAGCAGCAGCAGAGGCGGCAGCAGCAGCAGCAGCAGCAGCAGCAGCAGAGGCAGCAGAGCCAGCAGCAGCAGCAGCAGCAGCAGCAGCAAUGGCAGCAGUGGCAGCAGUGGCAGCAGUGGCAGCAGUGGCAGCAGUGGCAGCAGUGGCAGCAGUGGCAGCAGCAGCAGCAGUGGCAGCAGCAGUGGCAGCAGCAGCAACAGCAGCAACAAUGGCAGCAGCAAUGGCAGCAGUGGCAGCACUGGCGACAGUGGCAGCAGCAUCAGGAGCAGCAGAACAGCUGGCAAGGAGUGCAGCAUUGCGCCCCGUUCUCAGAAUACAGCGGCAUCUACAGCCACACCGCUCACAGCCAAAAUUACUUCUAAUUUGACUCAUAUUUUCCGACAGUCAAGCAGUUCAUAGCCAAAAUCAGCAGCAGCACCACCACCACCACCGGCACUGUAAAGGAGGGGACUGCAGAAUCGCAGGCAACGUGUGCACCAGCAUCCCCCUUACAUCCUCAGACUGCAGCGGCACACUGAAUUCCGUGAUCUCAAUCAGCCAUCUGGUCUGAUCUCAAUCAGCCAAGGGAGCCAUCUGGUCUAAAGGCUGUUUAUGGAAGCUUUUGCUCACGCAGGCUGAAUGCUGCUAGUACCAUAAACCUUUCAAUAUGUGGCUUCUCAAGGGGGCACGAUGCACCGUCUUAGGGAGGACUUCUUGAACCAG